AUGGCACCCUCUAGCCUUGACCGGGCAGAAACCUCACGACAAGCCUCGACGACCGACACGCUCACACCCACGCCCAACACCGGAUCAAAGACCGUCGUCACCUUCCCACCUGGCGACCCGGCCGAUCCUCGAAACUGGCCUGUCUGGCGAAAAUGGACCAUCGUGGCCAGCAUCACGCUCAUCGACUUGACCGUCUCGUGGGGCGCUUCUGGCUUUUCACCUGCCAGCGAAAAAUUCACCAAGCACUUCCAUGUCAGCACCGAGGUCGGCGUCCUGGGCCUCUCCCUCUACGUCUUGGGAUUGGCAUUUGGCCCCAUGAGUCUGGCGCCCUUGUCUGAGUAUUAUGGCCGGACGCCACUUUAUGUCUUGCCGUACGGGACGUAUCUGCUCUUUCUCCUGGGCACCGCGCUCGUCGAUAACCUUGGCGGCUUCCUCGUCCUCCGCUUUUUCUCCGGCCUCUGCGCCAGCGUGACCAUAGCGAACUUCGGCGGGACGAUAGCGGACCUGUGGCCGCGGCACAAGGUUGGACCUGCCAUGAGUGUGUUCCUCUGGGCUGCCGUGUGUGGUUCGCCAUCCGGGUAUUUCUUGCUCGCCUUCGUCGCGCAGACCAGAGGGUGGAGAGAUGUCUUCUGGGCACUGUUGGGCAUCUGUGGCGGGCUAUGGCUGAUUAUGGUUGUUGUCCUGGUCGUCUUCGGGAACGAGACGAGACAUUCCGUCUUGUUGAGAAGGAGGGCGAGUCGCCUGAGACGAGAGCGAAACUCGAGCAAUGUCACCGUCCCGGAGGAGAUGAGGCGCAAGUCUCUGACACAGCUGUUUCGAGUCACUCUGUCUCGGCCCUUCCGGUUUCUGGCUACAGAGGCCAUCAUCAUCUUUGCCGCGUUGUAUAACGGGUAUCUCUAUGGUCUGUCAUUCCUGUUCAACGACGCAUUCAACUUGGUUUUCGGCAAGCACGGCUAUGGCUUCGGAGUCAUCGGGGUGGGCUUGUGCUUCCUGGGCCUCGUCGUCGGCAUAACGCUGGGUCCUGUUGUUAACAUCUGGCAAGAGCAACAUUACCAAAAAGCCAUCCAUUCACAUCCCCGAGAUCCAGAAGAACCAAGUCGUGACGACCCUGACGUCAACAAAGACGACAAGCGCUUCAAAAACAUCCCCGAAGCACGCCUUCAACUGGCCAAAAUCGCCGCGGUCUUGUUUCCCAUCUCCCUGUUCUGGUUUGGCUGGACCUCGGUGCCGACAUACAAUAUUCACUGGAUGGUUCCGAUUCUUGCCACUGUAGUGUUCGGAUGGUCCUUUUACACGUUGAUCCUCAUGACGUAUAUGUACAUCGAGGACAGUUAUAUGGUGUUCUCCGCCUCGGCCCUGGCCGGUGUUGGACUCAUUAGAAAUCUGGCCGGUGCCGGUUUUCCAUUGUUUGGCACCCAGUUGUUUGAGAACGAAGGCUACAACUGGGCAGGAACCAUACUGGGAUGCCUUGCGAUAUUGCUGGUGCCCAUUCCCUUUGUGCUCGAGAGGUUUGGAACAAGGUUGAGAAGAAAGAGCCCAUAUGCAAGACAGCACAUGGACGAUGAUGAUAUGGAGGUGGACGCUUCCGACACUGAUGACUCCGAGCUAUGA